CAUUUGGGGGAUAUCUGUACCGUCCUGACAUUUGGGGGAUAUCUGUACUGUUCUGACAUUUGGGGGGAUAUCUGUACUGUCCUGACAUUUGGGGGAUAUCUGUACUGUCCUGACAUUUGGGGGAUAUCUGCACUGUUCUGACAUUUGGGGG